CAUAAUAAUAAGCAGUUGCCAGUGUUUACACAUGGCUACAGUAUUUACUCGUUGCUCAAACUACAAACUAGUGACAGCAGUGUUGGGCACGAAUUCGCAAUUAAAAAUUUAUUAAAAAUAUUAUAGUUAUUUGAUUCAUACAAGUUAUCUCAUUAAGAUCUUGAAUUUUUAUUUUGGAAGUUGUUAUAAACAUUGAGUAUCAUGUCAAAGAGAGAAGUAGCAACGUAUAAAGAUGAUCAUCAACAUGAUUUAGAGGGGCAAUUUAUAAUGCGUCUUCCCGAAGAACCGGCAAAGCAAUUGAGGGAAGUAUUACAAAAUGGUUUACCUUUAAAAGAUAGGUUAGGUAUUAGAUUAGAAAAUGAUUUAAGGUACGGGGAAGUAAGAUUUGAUAACUGGACUUUCCAUGCCAAAGUUGUUGAUUUACCAACAAUUGUGGAAUCUCUGAAAACGAUUGACAAUAAAAGUUUCUACAAAACUGCAGAUAUUUGUCAAAUACUAAUUUGCAAAGAAGAAGAUGAUGUUUCAAAUACUGAAGAUGAAACAAACAUCAAACAAAAGAAAAAAGAUCCUUUGAAAGUUGAUAAAAAGUUUUUGUGGCCUCAUGGGAUAACACCACCAACGAAAAAUGUUAGGAAAAGAAGAUUUAGAAAAAUUCUCAAAAAAAAGUAUGUUGAAGCACCUGAAAUAGAAAAAGAGGUUAAACGAAUUUUAAAAAAUGAUCUUGAAGCAGUGGAUGUAAAAUGGGAGGUGAUAUGCGAAGACGAAGAUCAAACAAAACCAAAUCUUGUUUCCUCAAGUGAAUUAGUAGAACCCAAGAUUGAAAACGUAAAUGAUGCCUCUCAAAGUGUAGAUGUUGCCGAACAUGAUAUUUUUGGAGGAGCUGUCAGUGACAGCGAUGAAGAAGACGAAGCCCCAAUUAAUGUUAUUGAUAUUGACGAAACUAGUCAUUUAUCAGCUGAUAGCAGAACAGCUGAUUCUAAUUCUAUACAUCCUGCACACAUGGAACAAUCUACUAAUGAACCAACGACAAGCAAGGGUCCUUUAGUCAUAGAAUUUACAAAAGAAAUGUUUACAACUGAAGAAUCAAUAAAUGAUGUUAAAAUGGAAAUUGAAGAAGAGAUAAUUCCUAAAGUAGAACCAAAGUAUGACAGUUAUGAAGCAUCAGAAAGUUACUCAGAAUCUCAAAAUGCCAGCAUGAAUCCAGAUAUGAUUCAAGAACGUCGUGAACAAUUACAAUCAGAACUCGCCACACUGCAAAAACAAAGACAACAACAGGAAGAAACAUUGUCAACAAUCGAAAAUCAAAGAUUAAGAGAACGCUUCAGAGAAAUUAUAGAUAAUUUACUUAUGCAAGAAGCUCAAAAAAUUCAAGAGCUUCAAGAACUGGAAAUGGUCAAUUAAUUAUAAGCUACAGUACUAACUUUUUUACAUCAAACAGUAUUGUUUAAAAUCGUGAUUAGAAUUGUUAUUAGAAGUAGAAAAUCAAACAUCUUUACUAUCUUUAUCAAAAUGUAAAACAGCCCUAUAAUCUAUUGCGGGACAAUCAGAUCUUCUAAAUCGAAAAUAGUAGUGUUUUUUAUUUAAUUUCUAAUACUUUAGAAAAAUUUAUUUAAUAAAUUGAGUUUAUAGUUUUAACAUUAAUUGACUUUUCAUAAAAGGGAUAUUCCGAUUUUGAUUGCAGGCAUCUUGAUUCACUGCAAAUGUCACUUAAAUUCAAAAUUCAUGUUAGUUUAUGUUUUUUGUUUUUGUAUUUAUCUUUUUUAAAUAAAAAUCAUCACAAAGUCAAGAGUGACUAAUGUACAAUUAUUUGUGAAAAAAAUCAAACUAUA